AUGUCACGUGGCCUGGACCCAUGCCUGCUCCAGUACUGCCCAAAGUCUGAGGCGGCCAUCUCCGAAAAGCUCAUGGACCAACUGGAUAGCGGUGUAUACCUUAUCACCGGGGGAUCCCCAUCGGCCUGCCACUUACACCGCCCUGACCGCGCCUCUUCCGCCUUCACCGCCUAUGUACGACCCUACCCGGCGGCUGGCACGUCAAGCAUUCUGAUCCAUGGUGGCGGCGGCGGCAGUGGCAGCGGCGGCAGUACCGACGUAGCGGCCUCACCCUACACGGAAUCUAUGGCAGCCGCCACUGCUACAGCCGCCGCUGCUGGCGCUGGGGCUGCUGCCAGCAAUGGUGGAGGCAGCUGCACUUUAGAGCAUUUUCCGGUUGCCCCCCGUCACCGGAACCACCAUUACAGCGGUGUGCAGAGCCAAGGCGGCAGCUACAGCCACAGCUACAGCCACACCGCUGCGAGCUCGCACCGAAAAGACCUAGGCAGCAGCGAGCCGGCGCCGUCGUUACAUCUGCCAUCACACCAGCAGCAGCAGCAGCUGCGGCAGAUGCAGCAACUGCUAUCCUCGCACAGCUUAGACAGCCGCGGGCAAACGCACACGCACCGACAGGCGCACCUGUUAGGGAAGAGCGCCCACAUGCACUUCCACAUGGACGGGGCUUACUCCACGCACAAGCGCCCGCACAGCCAUGCGGAGCGGUACGGCCAAAGUUCCGCCGGCAACGAUUACAAUCACCACCGUCACCACCAGCCUCAUCACCAUCCCAGCGACUUGGAUCCCAUGAAUCGGUUAGUGGAGCUAGCUACAGCCGCGGCGGCGGCGGCCGCGGCAGGAUCUGGCUCGGGAUCCGGAUCCGCGUCGCCGUCCAACCUUGCGAUCAAGAGUGAGGAUUGCGAUCCGAUGCGAGGCUUGGGAGGCGACACGGAUUUGGAUCCAGAAACCGACCAAGCCAACGGUCACCUGGAGGAUGGCGACGAGGGGAUGAGCGAAGGUGGCGGCGCCGACGGCGACAAUGAGAACGGACUGGACCCCGAAGACGACACCAAGUCUGGUGUUUUGGAUCCGUCGUACGCUGCCAGCGGCCGUGCGGUGGAGCGCGAGCCGCCAGUGGCUGUGGGGGAAGGCGGCGGGCUUGCCCCGGCCCCGGCGGCAGGGAACGCGCAGCAGCUGGCUGCGGCUGCGGCCAUGUUGGAGCUCGCGCAGGCUGGCGGUGGCGGGGCCCGCCACGGUGCCGGAAUAGCGGCCGCCGUCAACGGCUCGCCAAUUGGCGUCCUGGCAGCGGCGGCGGCGGCGGCCUCCGCUGGAGGGCCGCCAGCGGCGACGCCGCUGCUGCAGCUCCUUGCUGCCCAGCAGCAGCAACAGCAGCAGGGACAGACGCUAUCCGAACUGAUUUCUGUGCUCUCCGGUUCUUCCGCUGCCGCUGGUGGCGUCUCCGGCGGCAUCAGCGGCGCAGCGGCAGCCGUACUACAGCACCUGGCCACGCAGGAGCAGCUACAGCUGGUACUACAACAGCAGCAACAACAGCAACAGCAGGUGGCGCUGCUGCUGCAGCUGGUACAAGCUGGCAGCGGCGGCGGCGGCGGCUUGGGGACAGGUCUGGGUGGCCUUGGCGGUCUCCUUGGCUUCGCAGGGCUUGGAGGCGGUGGCGGUUUCGGAGCGGGUCAGGGGAGUGGCGGCGUCCUAGGCCAGCAGCAGCAGCAGCAGCAGGUGCCGCCGGUGCGGACUGCAACGACGGCUGCGACGCAGCGAACGUGUUCACCGGCGCCUCCGCAACCGCCACCACCAUCACAACAACAGCAGCAGCAGCAACCAUCACAAUUCCAAAACCUACUGCAACAACAACAGCAGGACUCCCAGCUUAGGAAAGCAUCACACCAACACCCCCAGCAGCAGCAGCAGCAGCAACGGGAGCAGCAGCACCUGCAGGGGGCAUGUAGUCCGAGUGACGCGGAUCAAGGAGAGUCGAAGGCCCCCGGCAGCCCGCCAGAGACUACUGCGGCUACAGCUGCCGCCGCAACAAUGAUGGCGACGACGGCGAUGGCGCCUUCAGCGACGCCGCCGCAGCAGUCGUACAACCAGUUUGCGGACAUUGCCAACGCGCAGCUGGAAGAGGCCACGGAGGAGGGCGAUGAAGACACCGAGGAACGAGAGGACGAUCGCGACUCAGACACCUUCGAUGGUGACGGAGGUGACGGCGGUGACGGCCUGGAGGGCUUCCUGGAUGAGCGCAUGGUGGUGGUGGCGGCGGGGGAAGCGCACACCGACAAGGCCUGUCAGGUCACGCUGGUACCCGGCUCGCCGCUGAGGUUCCCUGGCAGCCACCCCCCGCCGGGUCGGGGCGGUGCCGCCGUCGGGGCCGUUGCGGCCGUGGGUUCCAAGCGCAAGGCGGCCGCAAUGAUGACCGGGGGUAAUUCCAGCGCGGCCUGUACGUCCAACGGACAUGGGAGCGGCGGCAGCGGCGGUUUCGGGGCCAGCGGCGGCAGCGGCGGCGGCGGCGGCGGGGAGGAAAACAACGGCUCCGCGGCCGGCGAGGGCGGUGACGGGACCUGCAAGGCCCCCAAGAAGCCCCGCAUCAACUGGAGCCAGGAGCUGCAUGCCCGCUUCCUCAACGCCAUGUUCCAGCUGGGCAUCAAGAACGCCGUGCCUAAGACCAUCCUGCAGCUGAUGAACGUGGAGGGCCUCACGCGCGAGAAUGUGGCCUCCCACCUCCAAAAGUACCGCAUCCUGCUCAAGCGCCACGCACAGCUGCCCGCCAACGCGCCCCUCAACCCGGACAACCUCCGGAAGCUGGAGGUCGUACAGCAGGGCUUGACGGCGCCGCUGGCGGCGGCCGGCCUGACAGCCGGCCUGGGCGGCCUGACGGCGGCGGCGACACCGGCCGGCCUGGCGGGGCUGUCUGGACUCGGCGUCGGGGGUGGAACCGGAGGGCUCAACGGCCUUGGACCCGCCGCAGCAAUCGGUCUUGCGGCAGCCCAAAUAUCGCGCCAGGCGACGUCCGCGUCCGUCAGCUGA